AUGAGCGUACGUCCACAGCAUCCACAAAUAAUCCAACGCCACAUACUAAAGGAGCUCAGGAAGACAACCCCUGGGGUGCGCUUGUUCAUGCUUAAGAACAACGACCUUCUAGAGUUGCAUUUCUCAGUCGCGGGGCCAAAGGACACUAUUUAUGAUAAUGGUAUCUACCACGGCCGAAUUCUCCUGGAUAUGGCACAUCCCACGAAGCCACCCAACAUCCAGAUGAUCACCCCCAGCGGCCGGUUCGAAACAAAUAGAAACAUUUGCUUUUCUUACACAUCUUUCCAUCCAGAAAGCUGGUCUCCCAUUAUUACGUUCACCGACAUCAUUGUGGGAUUUACGAGCCUAUUCAGCGAUGAAGCAGAGGGUGGCAUAGGGCUUAUUAAGAACGUGGACAAGAUCGCUGCAAAGCAAUAUGCAAGUGAUAGCAGGACUUUUACGUGCAGCGCAUGCGGAGCAGAUCACACCACCCUCCAACUGGAAUGA